AUGGAAGACGAAAUCGCGGCGCUCGUUGUCGACAACGGCUCGGGAAUGUGCAAGGCCGGAUUCGCCGGAGACGAUGCUCCGCGCGCCGUCUUCCCGUCGAUCGUCGGACGGCCACGUCAUCAGGGCGUCAUGGUCGGCAUGGGACAAAAGGACUCGUACGUCGGAGACGAGGCCCAAUCGAAGCGUGGAAUUCUGACGUUGAAGUAUCCGAUCGAGCACGGAAUCGUGACCAACUGGGACGAUAUGGAGAAGAUCUGGCAUCACACGUUCUACAACGAGCUGCGAAUCGCCCCGGAAGAGCAUCCGGUUCUCCUCACCGAGGCGCCGUUGAACCCGAAGAGCAACCGCGAAAAGAUGACGCAGAUCAUGUUCGAGACGUUCAACACUCCGGCCAUGUACGUCAACAUUCAGGCGGUUCUCUCGUUGUACGCCUCCGGAAGAACCACCGGAAUCGUGCUCGAUACCGGAGAUGGUGUCACCCACACCGUCCCCAUCUAUGAGGUACGUUAGCUCAGUUAGCUUUGACAGCGGUGGCCCCGUAAAUACCAACCAACUGAUUGAUAUUUAGGGAUACGCCCUGCCACACGCGAUCCAGCGCCUCGACCUCGCCGGCCGCGACCUCACCGACUACAUGAUGAAGAUUCUGACCGAGCGCGGAUACACUUUCACCACGACCGCCGAGCGUGAGAUCGUUCGUGACAUCAAGGAGAAGCUGUGCUACGUCGCCCAUGAUUUCGAGACCGAACUCGCCACCGCCGCCUCCUCUUCCUCGCUGGAGAAGAGCUACGAGCUGCCCGACGGACAGGUGAUCACGAUCGGAAACGAGCGCUUCCGCUGCCCCGAAGUGCUCUUCCAGCCGGCGUUCAUCGGAAUGGAGGGAGCCGGAAUCCACGAGACGACGUAUCAGUCGAUCAUGAAGUGCGACGUGGACAUCCGCAAAGAUCUGUACGCGAACACGGUGCUCUCGGGCGGAACUUCCAUGUUCCCGGGCAUCGCGGACCGCAUGCAGAAGGAGAUUCAGAACUUGGCGCCGAGCACAAUGAAAAUCAAGAUCAUCGCGCCGCCGGAGCGCAAGUACUCUGUCUGGAUCGGAGGAUCCAUCCUCGCCUCGCUCUCCACCUUCCAGCAAAUGUGGAUCUCGAAACAGGAAUACGACGAGUCCGGCCCGUCGAUCGUCCAUCGCAAGUGCUUCUAA